UAAACCCACACUCACUCACUCUCUCUCUCUCUCUCUCUCUAUAUAUAUAUAUAUAUUUAUGUGUGUGUGUGUGUGUUUGUGAUAGCCUUGACAUAUAGACUACAUUAAGAGGGUACCCAUUUUGUUCCUCUGUUUCCAUUACCUACAUUCUCCUCUCUCUCUCUCUCUCUCUCUAGACAUGAACAGGGUACCCAUUUUGUUCCUCUGUUUCCUUCUCAUUCUCCCCGUUUCAGUCCUGGGAGAUUGCACAUGCGAGUCCGAAACCGGAGGUGAAAACAAAUCAGAGGCAUUGAAAUACAAGCUCGCCGCGAUCGCCUCAAUCCUGACCGCGAGCGCAAUCGGAGUCUCUCUCCCAAUCCUCGGCAAAGCCUUCGUGGAAAACGACGUGUUCUUCGUAAUCAAAGCCUUCGCCGCCGGAGUAAUCCUGGCCACAGGAUUCAUCCACGUGUUGCCCGACGCAUUCUCCGAUCUGACUAGCCCCUGCCUCGCCGGAACUCCGUUCGGCGGGGAUUUUCCGGUGACCGGACUGGUGGCGAUGUUGGCGGCGAUAGGGACGAUGAUGGUGGAUGCUUUUGCGACGAGCUAUUAUACGAGAACGCAUUUUGUGAAAGCGAGGCCUGUGAAUGGGGAUGAAGAGAGUCAUCAUGGUGGUGAGCAUGAAGGGCAUGUUCAUGUUCAUACACAUGCGACCCAUGGGCAUGCCCAUGGCUCGGGUUUGGGUUUGCAGGACGAGGUUGAUUCGGGUUCUUCGGAUCUUCUCAGGCAUCGGAUUAUAUCUCAGGUGUUGGAGUUGGGGAUUGUGGUUCAUUCUGUGAUAAUUGGCAUAUCUUUGGGUGCUUCUCAAACUCCAAAGACAAUAAAGCCUCUUGUUGCAGCUUUGACUUUCCAUCAAUUCUUUGAAGGCAUGGGUCUUGGAGGUUGCAUUUCUCAGGCCAAAUUCAAGGCUCGAGCAACGACGGUUAUGGCGAUUUUUUUCUCCCUAACCACACCAGUUGGAAUAGCCAUCGGCUUUGGUAUCUCAAACAUAUACGACGAAAAUAGCCCAAGUUCUCUCAUUGUCGAAGGCAUAUUCAACUCCGCCUCUGCUGGAAUCCUAAUUUACAUGGCGCUCGUCGACCUUCUUGCCGCUGAUUUCAUGAACCCUAGAAUGCAAAGCAACCUAAAACUGCAACUUAGUUCCAAUCUCUCACUUCUUAUAGGGGCUGGGUUCAUGUCCAUCUUGGCAAAGUGGGCUUAAAAAAAGUGCUUGUGUACAUAAAUUUUAUGAUUUUGUUUUACAUGUUUUGCAUAAAUUUGGUAGCAAAGUUGUUCAUUUUUGUCUACUUUUUCUAUAAAAUAGGAAUGUUUUAUUUCCUCUGAUUUUGUUUUCAUCACA